GAUGUUUCGACGCACGCCCAAACAAGCAGCGGCAGCCAACGAGCUCGGCGACCCCACUUUGCUCGCUGCAGACUCCAUCUUCUCGGCCAAGGAGAUCCAAGGCCUCCAGCACCGAUUUCGACGGCUGCUGCAAGGAAACGACUCCACCGUCGAGGCGGCUCGACUCUUGGACGAGCCCGAAUUUCAGUGCCAUGCGCUCGCACCCCUGUUGCUGCGUGACGGCCGCUUGGACUUUAGAGCGUUUUUGUGCCUUCUCACGGUCCUCCACCCGACCAAGACAUCAGUGGCAGCCAAGCGCUCCGCCCUCUUUGAUCUCUACGACAUGGACGCAGACGGCGUCGUGUCGGCGAGCGACAUGAAGAGUGUGUUUCAGCGCUUGCGACCGGAACGCGAUAGCUCAUGCGACGACGACGUCGCGGCAGCCUUCCUCAACGCGUCAUUCGCGUCUCAAAACGGCUUUGCACCGAGCGCAUUUGCCGAGUUGGUAUCGGACGACGACGUCCUUGCGGCGCUCUCGAUAUCGUUUGCUUGCAGUCUGUAAGAUGAGUCGUAAGUACUCGUACUCAGU